GUUUGGUCGUUGAUAGAAAUGUCGAUCGAAACUAACCACAAGCAAAAUGAAAUCGGAUAAUCGACAAUACACGAUUAGCAAAAUAACAACUUGUUUCAUUCUAUUGAGUAACAUUUUAAACUGUGUAACAGAAGAAUGGGCCAUAAAUAAUAUUAACUCUAGCAUAACUUGGCCAGUGAAGAAGAUAGCGGAAAUUGAAGGAGAUAUAAUAUUAGGGGGACUGAUGAUGGUUCACGAAAGAGAAGAUUUACUUACUUGUGGACCUAUUAUGCCACAGGGAGGUAUUCAAGCUUUAGAGUGUAUGCUAUAUACAAUCGAUUGGGUUAACAGUCAGAAAGACUUUCUACCUAAUAUUACUCUCGGUGCUUACGUUCUGGACGACUGUGAUAAAGAUACUUAUGGAUUGGAACAAGCUGUAGACUUCAUUAAAGGCUAUAUUAAUAAUCUGGACGAAGGAACCUAUCGAUGUCCGGAUGGAUCGAGUCCAAGUAUCAAGCAGAAAAUCGUGAGUGGAGUAUUAGGUGCUGCUAGCAGUGUAACAUCAAUACAAGUGGCUAAUCUCUUGCGACUUUUCAAGAUACCGCAAGUGAGUUUCUUCUCGACUAGUCCCGAAUUAAGUAAUAAACAGAGGUUCGAAUAUUUCUUAAGAACGGUUCCUUCUGAUCAAAAUCAAGCACAUGCUAUGGUAGAAAUUAUCAAAAGACUAAAAUGGGCUUACAUCUCGAUCCUUUACGAAGAAUCCAAUUAUGGAGUAAAGGCUUUUAGCGUCUUGGAAGAGUUAUUAGCAAAAAAUAAUAUUUGCAUCGCAAUCAAAGAAAGAUUGAUUAAAGAUUCUGGAGUGGCUGUAGAGAAGGCUUACGAUAAUAUUGUGCAAAAAUUGAUGUCGAAACAAAAUGCCAGAGGUUAGAUAACUUACUUUUAUUUGUAUUUUAAGACAGAAAAUAAUAAGAUUCCGUAAGAUUUAAUUCAUAUCAAACGAUCGAAACUUUAUAUAUUUGGAACAACAACAACGUAGAAUAACAAUAUAGAAUUACUUUUAAAUUACUCAUUCUUCGAUCCGUAUACUGCAUAUAUAACAUAUAUAUAUAGUAGUAAUAUAAUACAAAAUGUAGUUGAAAAAAGUACAAAACAAUAAUCCUAAGACG